AUGAGCACUCCCUUGGAGACUCUGAUGAAGAUGGAUGGAGGUGAUGACGGCGAUUCGGACAAGGAAAACAAGCAGAUCGAAUUCGACGACUCGUCCUCGCCUGACAGCAGCGAGAGCGAUCGAGAUGAAGAGGCCAGCCGUUCGAGUACGACGAGCAACACAAGCAAAAGCCUGACGACCUCCUCGAGGAAGCGACGAUUCGGUGGAGGGCAGGCCGGAGCCAAGAAGCGAUCACCGGUGAUGCGAACGACUCAUUGCGACUGUGACAUCGGUGACGACACUCUGCCGCAUUUCUGUAGAGCUUUCGGCAGAUGGAUCGCGCGAGUGCCGAUCACCUCGCAGGACGCCUGGAUGAAACUCACGCCAAUCUCGCUGGUGAUCGUCUACAAGGCACGAAACUACAACGGAGAGAUCCCCGAACGCGAAUUCACCAUCGGCGUUCCGAAGGGCUGUACGCGAACAAACGUGCCACGUAUCAGUGCACUCAGCGAUGGAGAUGCCGAACAAGUUGCCGAUACGCCGUCGGAAUGGUUCAACAAUCCGGCCAACUUCGAACCAUACUGGAAACGCGUCGGCAAAUACUACACCCAGCCAUGCUGCGACGCUUUUGACGGCAAGCACAUUUAUCAACUGGUGCCCGUUUCGGAUGGUCUGGCUGCCGUGUCUCGUGACGCCACCCAGACGGAGAUGGUCGACGCCAAGGAGGAAGAGAAGGUGCAAGAGAAUGUGGAAGAGCCGGCUGCCAUGGAGGAGGAGAAGGUGCACGUGAAAGAAGAAGAAAAACCGGAGGUGGUCAUCACACCAAUGGAAGAAGUGAUCGAACAACGUCACGAGGAGCAACCCGAAGAGCUGGAGGUGGCUGAAGUGAAGACGGAUGUUAUGCUCCAGCCGACCUUGUCCAACAAGAUGCAAACCAAGACGGCAACCGUCGGCAUCAACACCAUCACAAUUGACGCUGAGGCAAAGCUGAAGCGCCAGAAGACAUUCGCCUAUCUGCUGAAUAGAGCUCGCUGCGCCGCCGUCAGGGAACAAAAGGCCAAGGCACGUCACACGCACCUUCUGGCCGAAAUCGCCACCAAGCAGGCGAAGCUCGCAGCAUUGGACAAGGAACGCGCCGACCUGAAACAAGAGAUUCUGCUGCUGGAAACGGACGAAUUCGACGUCGAAUAUGAAAGCUUGGAGAACGUUUGGAUGAGCUACGCCAGUAGCUUUGAUCUCAUCGGAAACGAGCAGCUCGAUGUGCAGCCAUCGAUUGUUGUCGUCGAUUUGACUGGUGACGAGAACGAUGCUGUGGCGCCGGCAAAGACGGGCUCCACCAACACACCAGUACCCAAGGUCGAGCCGCAACCACAGCACAUGACUCCGGUUUCCUCUCGCACUCCCGCCACGACCUCGUCCACAAUGAAGCGCACGUUCCCCCUCAAAAGGACCGCCCGUGCAUUUGAGGCCUUUGUCACGCCGACAUCGGCUGUCGUGAAGCUGACGAAGGGCGUGAGACGUGAACGGCCCGGGCACGAUCGUUUCAAAACCCCGAUUCGCUGCACUUGCGAUUUCGACAAGUUGCUCAAGGAGGCCGGCGAAAUUUGCGGCGGCAACAUCUCGUGCAUCGCUGUCACGACCGCCCAGGAGUUCAAUAACCUCGACCCUAACUCGCCUAUCCUGGUUCAAUGCGAGACGAGGUGCAGCGGGGCGCGUGUGCUCAAACUGGCUCUUCCCGACAAAUACGACCCGCUCGACCCACACCGUCGUCCUCGAGUGCUUCCACUUUCGAGAAAUGAGUUCGAUACGAUUCGGCACACGGGAAUAGCAUGGUCUCGCGACAUGCUACCGCCUAUUCACCGGGUCCCGCUCUUCGUCAACUGUGAAGACCCCUUCAGCGAGUGGCCGGUGAACAACGGAGCUAACCGCCACGUGUACCGCGUCGUCUUCCCCGGA